AUGUCGGAAGAUAAUGAAUUGUUUACAACGCGCGUGAGAAGAGAAACACGAAAGAUUCACUCAGUGAGUGAUGCAUUGGUCAAUGCGAAAUUUGCUAUUUCUUUGCGAGAUGAAACUGUUUGGUGCGGAGGUUUAUUUGCUUUUUACCAUAUAUUUGCAUUUCUAGAAGAUGUUAAAGAAAGACUUAAUAAACCAAUGUAUAACAAAUUAUUUGUUAAUGAAGUUUUAUUCAGAAAAAAGGCGUUUGAGGAAGACCUAACACAUUACUUAGGAGAGAAUUGGCGAUCAAUUGAAAAAUCACCUACCUUGCAAAAUUAUCUGGGUCACCUGCAGUAUCUUGAAAACACAAACUCAAUUCUACUCAUGGCAUAUGUGUAUCAUUUAUACUUGGGUCUGCUUAGUGGUGGUCAGAUACUUGCGAAGAAGAGAAGAAUAUUCUUUAACAAAAACACCUCCAGGCAGCACGUGUAUGUGGAUAAAGUGACAAAUUUCGGCGAUGUAGAUGUUGGAAAACUGAAGAAAGAUAUACAUAACGCAAUGAAUGAAGUAGCGAAACUCAUGAGUUAUGAUGAACAAUUAGCUUUCAUACGGGAAAGCUACGAUUUGUUCUUGAGGAAUAAUUCGAUAGUCAAAUCUAUUGAAGGACAAAAUAAAGUCAUAUAUAAUAUGUUGUUCAAGGCAUUUGCAGUACUCAUGCUCAUCGGUGGAGCCAUUUACGCAUAUAAAAUGUACAAGUAA